AGUACACUGCGCGCUUUGUUGUCAGUUUCAAUGUCAGUUCCAAUAACGGCUGGGGGAAUAGCCAAUCAGGAGAAGAAAAAUAACAACCACGUUGUGUGUGAAAUGGAAAUUCAAAAGGCAUUUGUUGCUGGGUAGUCGUGAGGCUUAGAAGUGUGGAUCUUCAUCGUUCGUCGUCCUAUCAAAUUUUGGAACGUCACCAACGCUUUUAAGAAACAAAAGUAAUAAGGGGUGAUCAAAAUAAAUUUUUAUAUAACAAAAAUUUGUUCAAUUAAUUGAAUUUUGACAAAGACAUCAACUAUCCGGCAUAAGAACGGUUCAGCUGUGUUUUAAACUUUAAACGCUUCAAAUUAACAAGAAUAAUCGAUCGAAUCGAUUUUGUUCUAAUAAUGGUUGAAGAGGAAUUGCCAACCACGUUCCUUUCCCCGCUGCUGGACGGUGAAGUUGAAAUAUUGGUUGAGCCCGCCCAGAUUGCCGGAGAUUGCGAGACAUUGUUAUUCCAGAUUGAUCCGCACAGCCUCGAUUUGCCAGGACCAAAUUGGGUGUAUUCAAAAAUGAGUGACAUCACUCUGAUGAUUUACGAAGUGACGAUGCCCGUGGGUUUGGGCUCGCCCCGUAUCAGGAAACACAUUUUCGUGGAUAUGUUGAACCGGGCCUGUACGUCUUGGAUAAUGGAUCGUAAAAUAAGUGAAGUGAACUUUUCAACAAAAAACGACGUUGAGCGUUGUAUCGAAGAGCUUGACAUGUUAAACGUUUGUCCCGGUGGACCAUCGGUGACAAGAUAUCCAAUAAUGAAUCAUCCGAAUGCUCAAGUUGACAUUUACGACAAUUGGCGUGAAAAUUCCUGUAAAAUUAUCAUUCCGGGGAAUGAUCAGAGGUGCAACGCUUGUGAAAAUUUGCCAAUCGAGCUCGCUCGCACGAGCGCCCGAAACAAACCCAAAGGCGACACGGCUAAAAGAGUUGUUAUUAGUAAUCUGAGCCAUAGGAAGCAGACUCAAAUCCUUUUUCUUCGCAAACGUCGACUGUCAUGGUACAGGAAAAAAAGACUCGCUGAAAAAGAAAUGAUGCACAUCGAUGACAUGAUUGCUGAAGUUUCCGAAGAACCUGAGGACGAUGACAAUUACUGCGAUGACGAUUGAUGUGAAUUUUUUGAAAAAAUUCUGUUCCCUUGAGUUUUAUUAUUAUUACGUGAAAAGGAAAAAAACUGAUUUUACUUUGUACUUGUCCUCGUUUUUAUACGUAUGCUUAUGUAUUAUUAUCCUCAUAUUGCUUUAAUACUCUUUUUCUUCUAAGAUGAACGUUCAUACUUUAAUUAUCUAGAGAUUAAUUUCAUGCAAGUUUGUAAAAAAAAGCAACUCAACGUAUCGAUGAAUAAAAAAAUUUCGUUGCGUUUGUAAUGGAUCACCCAGAAA